UGAAGAGCCACGGGAAUAACCGCCGCAGCAUGCCAUUCUUGCUUGGCGUGAUGGACGAUCGCAUGGAGCCGACGCGGCUUUGGGCGCCCAAGGAAGAGGCCUUUGGGCCCGCCGACGCCCACAUCCUCGCGACGCUCCUCGGCCUGCGCCCGCCGGCCGUGCCCAAGCCGCAUGUGUGCGACGUGUGCAAGAAGCAGUUCCGCGCCAAGUCGGAGCUCGUGACACACGAGCGGACGCACACGGGCAGCAAGCCGUUCGCUUGCAAGUACGACGGCUGCAACAAGCGCUUUGCGCAUAGCUCCAACCUCGGCGCGCACCACAAGGCGCACGAAGGCAUCAAGCCGUACAUGUGCACGCACGACGGCUGCAACAAGCGGUACGCCCACAGCGGGUCGCUCAAGGAGCACGUCUGGAAGCACUAUGGCGUCAAGCCGUUCGCUUGUCAAGUCGCCGACUGCAACCGGACCUUUACGCAGCGCUCCAACUUUGCCCGCCACAUGAAGAAAUGCCACGGCGUCCCACCGUGAUGCUGCGUAUUUAAUGACAUCAAUAACGUCUCUAC